UGCUGUUCGUGCUCCUCCUCUCUGUGUUAACUCUCUGUUUUAACAUUUGUUGUCCAUCUGCAAAAUGUUAUUUUUUUGUUUUUUGUUUGCUGCCGUUGCGUCAGAAUCUCGUUAAAACAACGGGUGUCGCGUCAAUAGCAGCGUGAUUCUCUCGACGCAUUGAUAAUCACUCAUUGUCGUCGGGUUGUCAUUGUUUCGUGGUUACUUGGAGAUUACUUGUAAAAGCCUCGUUGUAUAGGCGACAUAGGCGCACAAUAAACUUCGAGAAAGCUUGGCUAUCUCGAACUUUCGGUGCUUUAUUCACCGGCACCUGUUUAUACGCCUAUACGUAGAGAUCUCGCAAGAGGAUGACCACUGCAGUCCGAUGAAGCGAGCAAUUUCAUCCUCGCGUUGGAAGUACCACUGGGUGUACCAAUAAACGGGAAUCUUACGAGUCGAAGGGUGUUGGGAGCUUUUUGAAGUAGCGCGUAGGAUCAAUCGAACAGAGGCAAAGAUGUUGGACCAGGAGAUGACCACAGCCCAGGACACGAUAUACCUGUGCAAUUUUCGGGUGUCGGUGGACGGCGAGUGGUUGUGCCUCAAGGAACUCCAGGACGUCGACUUUGCGAUGACUGACUCGUUGCAGCGCUCGCCCUCGCCACCCUUAGCUCUCAGUGCUCGCGAUCCGGUAAUCAUAGAGCGGAGCAACCUGGUUAACAUAUCGAAGCUCAUCGUGAAGGAGCUGAUAGAGACGUCGCUCAAGUACGGCCGUAUGCUCGAUUCCGACCACAUGCCCCUUCAGCACUUUUUUAUCGUCCUCGAGCACGUCCUCAGACACGGACUGAGGCCCAAAAAGGGCUUGCUCGGUCCGAAAAAGGAACUCUGGGACAUUCUCCAACUGGUCGAAAAGUACUGCCCCGAGGCGCAAGACAUCACCUCGAGUAUCCGCGAUUUGCCCACAGUUAGGACCGCGAUGGGUAGGGCCCGCGCCUGGCUGCGAAUGGCACUGAUGCAGAAAAAACUCGCGGAUUACCUGAAGGUACUGAUCGACCACAAGGACGACGUGCUCUCCGAGUACUUUGAGCCCGAUGCUCUCAUGAUGAGCGACGAGUCGAUUGUUUUGGUGGGCCUCUUGGUCGGCCUCAACGUCAUUGACUGCAACUUUUGCGUGAAGGAGGAAGAUCUCGACUGUCAGCAAGGGGUGAUAGAUUUUUCGUUGUAUUUGAGGAACGCCAACCACGUAGCCGGUGAAUCGCCGGACGAGGAGCUCGAGACCGACAACAUGACGACCGUACUAGAUCAGAAGAAUUACAUCGAGGAGCUCAACAGGCAUCUCAACGCGACAGUGCAAAACCUUCAGGCAAAAGUCGAGUCCCUCACGACGACGAACGCGUUGAUGAAGGAGGAUCUGUCGAUAGCGAAAAAUAACAUAGUCACCCUGCACUACGAGAACACGCAGUUGAAGAAGGAACUGGGCAUUGAGGUCAAAGAUACGAACGAGCACGGCAAAAUUCCGAUGAAGAUAACCGAAACGACCUCGGAAAUCGAGGAGCUUAGGUGUAGGAUGGAGAUGGAAAAAAAACUGAGGCACGAGGCCGAAAAGGAAUUGGAAUUGCAGACCAGUAUGAAAGCCGAAAUCGAGGUGGCCAUGAAGUUACUCGAAAAAGACAUACACGAGAAGCAGGACACCAUAAUAUCCUUGAGACGGCAACUCGACGACAUCAAACAAAUUAACCUCGAAAUGUACAAAAAAUUACAGGAAUGCGAGAGCUCGAUUAGACACAAAACGGAACUGAUAACUAAGCUGGAAGCAAAAAGCUUCUCGAUGACUGACACCAUCCAAAACAUGGAUGAAAAGUACAAGGCGUCGGAGGAGUCGCGGGCGAUGGCGGAGGAGAGGGCGCGAACGUUGGGCGCGGAGAUCGCGGAGCGCGAGGCUCGCGCCAGCGGCGUCGAAAGGGAGCUCAAAGUCGAGAGGGAGUGGCGCGCCUCGCUCCAGCAGACCUCGAUCGGCAACGCAGAGAAAAUCUCGCAGCUCCACCAGGAUAUCGACCGACUGAAAAUCAAUUCCGAGAAGUACAAGGCCCUGCAGGAGGAGCACUACGCGUUGAAGGAGAUCUGCGAGGAGCAGGAGAAAACCCUCGAGGAGCUGGGGGUCCAGUUGAGCAAGGCGAAACUGGCAGCGGUGGAGUUGCGCGAGGCCGCGGCUCAGCCGGGCAGCCCGGACAGUUGCGGCUCUACGGUUGGGGCGUCCUUGGCCGCCUGGGACCACGACCGCAUGGUCACCCAAUGCAACGGGUGCAGCCGCGAGUUCACGAUCUCUCGGCGCAAGCACCACUGCCGGCAUUGCGGCAAGAUAUUCUGUAACACGUGCAGUGACAAUACGAUCGCCUUGCCAAACUCGACCAAGCCCGUAAGGGUGUGCAACGCAUGCCACGUUUUCCUCAUCGGGCACAAUUCUGUCGUCCAUUGAGAGGAAUUUAUUUUAUUUUUCUAUUUUUUUCUUCAUCAACAAUCCGAGUUAUUGUGGUGAAAAAUGUUAUCAGAGAGAAAUAUUUAUGUAUGCCUUACGAAAUACAUUCACAGGUGCUUCUUUGCGGCUUGAAAGUUUACGACGAGAGGUGGGAUAUUUUUACACAAGGACAGUUUUUAAUGCUCUGUAAACAAAUAAUUUGUAAAUCAACGGGAUCGUGGAGGGUUUAUAAAAAUAGAUUCUUACA